AUGGAUGACGACUAUGUGGCGCAAAUCCUGGCCAAAGAGGCCAAGGAGAGUUCUGUGAAAUACUCUUCCCAAGGGCUCAGUGCUUUGAUGUCUCCAUCAAGGCCAGCAAGCAACGCCCCAAAACCCAACACCCGCUUUUUGCGCAACCUUAUCAAAGUGACAGACAGCCAUAAUUCAGCUCUCAAGUUGAAAGAAGAAAAGGAUGCCCGGGAGCGCAUGCGUCAGCUGAAAUCUCAGGCUUCAAGGGCCUCAGCUUCAACAUCGACAGACCGUACAUCGGGAGGAUCCAGCAGACGACAUGAACGAGCACGCUCGAGAGACCGGCGGGAUGAUAAGGAAGAUCGCCAUCGCUCAGACCGAAAACGGCAUCGCAGUCGCUCUUCAUCAAUAGAGCGCGACCGACCAAGACGGCACCGAAGAGACGAGAAUCGUGAGGGUGGCGACAGAAAGAGAGGCAGUGAUAGCCAUCGGCAUGCCAGCCGCAGUCCCGAGCCGUCUCGGAAAGACCGACGCGAAAGAGAUAGAGAACAUACUAGACGACGGCGCCACCGAUCCUACUCGAGGUCGAGGUCCCGCAGCCGCUCCCCACGUCGAGACCGAAACACCGACCGCCGUCGUCAUCGCAGAGAAGACCGCAAAUCCGAUCGCUAUUCUCGCUCGCGCUCGCGCUCACACUCCCCGGAACCCCGAAAAUCUCGGUCCUCAAGGCAUACAGAUCCAUCACCUCGUCGCUCUCGCGAAGCCACCCGACGAGACCGAGCUCCGCCUACGCUCAAAGCCCCGACCGAGGCAGACGAUGACUCCGACCCUCUCGAAGAUCUCGUCGGACCGCUCCCUCCCCGCAAAAACGAGGCACCCAUCAUCUCCCGCGGUCGGGGCGCCUACAAACCUAACAUGAGCAACAUAGACGCCCACUUUGCCCCUGGGUAUGAUCCGACCACCGAUGUGCAUUUAGAAGACAACAUGGCUUCGACGGGCGAGCCCUCCCGCCGACCUGUUGCAGGGCUCAUGACGAAAGACGAUGACUGGGACAUGGCGCUCGAGGCACUCCGCGACCGCCAGCGCUGGAAACAAAAGGGGGAGGAGAGGCUACGCGCCGCUGGGAUCAACGAGGCCACGAUUGAUCAGUGGAAGAACAACACUGCCUUCACAGGGUCGGGGGGAGAAGGCAACCCGGAAGAUGUCCAAUGGUCCAAGAAGGGCGAGGGACGCGAGUGGGAUCGGGGCAAGUUCGUGGACGAUGAUGGGCAUAUUGAUAUCCGGGCUGCGUGGUAG